UUUUAUUUUUUAAAUUUGAAUACACAGAAGCGUCGCAUAAGCGAUCACAGAAACAGUCACUCGAUUAUCAACACCAAUUAAUGACAUACGAUUGCAACAUGGAACGCAUUAGAUUGCGAGGGUUAGCCGAGGCCCAGCCCCAGGCACGGGCGGGUCGGGUGCCGUUCCAUCUGCAGCCGCAUACGGCGCAAUACCCCCCAACUGCCCAAAUUCAGGGACGCUCGGGAGGAUCUCUUCGGAAGGCAGCAUUCGACCAGAGGACCACCGCCAGUGGCCGUGCUAAUUCCAGUGCACCUUCGUUUAAAUCCAAGCAGCUGGUGACAGCUCUCACUGUCGCAUCAGCCCAAACGGCAGCGCCUGGGGCUCCAGCUUUACGUCCGGCUAAAGCUCCAGCCGGCGGGAAGAUGACGAGGGAGUUUCUGCCUCGCGUGGCAGGACUCGCCCGCCGAGGUCAGCUUCCCCCGACACAGGUGAACCAAUUCAAGACCUCAUUGGCUAGGUCAGGGCCCAAUAAGAAGAUGCCACGCACUGUUGUUCAGAAUCUGCGGGUGCUCGAGAAUAGGACCGCCACCACCUGCGGAAGUGGUGACGCCAGCGACCUGAUCGAUCAGAUUAGUGAAAGUCAUGCCCAAUGGAUGGCGGAGAUGCCGAAAUCCAGCUUCACGUACUUUGGGCGGACAGAUAAUGACGUCAACGCCCCGUUAAUGGAAGAUCAUUUUCCAGACGGACGCACGACCAGACGGGGCUCCACUUUUUCCGAAAAAACCUAUGAUGUAGCUUUCAAUCUCGCUAGUGGGCCCGAGAAAAGCGAAGUACCAAUAGCCUCAGCCUCGUUGGUCGCUUCUGACCAAGCGGCCGUGGAUGCGUUUGCGGAGAGCUACCAGAAGUUGGUCGUAGGCCACAACCAUCUGAAAAAGAAGCUCGCAAAGCUGACGUUGCUGAACAGAUGGGGAGCCAAUCAUCAAUGCAUCAUCGAUCCGCUAGAGGACGCUGAAGGAGGAGGCCCACCACCGAUACUCCCAACACCAGCGAAACCAUCGACCAAGACCACCACCAACGCCAAGGCCAACGAGGCCAAGGUAAAAGAGGAACAGGACUACGAGUCCUCAAGCAGCUACUACACGCCCCCCCCCAGCUUCAGAUCCAUCAGCCGCAUCCAUCAGCGUCUGACCAUCAGGAAAAUGGAACUCCGGCACGUUACGGGUGAGGCUAUGGUAAUGCAGGAGUGUCGCACCUUCGCCAGGGUCCAGACUUUCGGCGUGAUCGAGGAGUACAGUUUGAACUUGAAUAGCAUCAUGAACGCAAUGAAUCCUGAGCCUGAUCCCGAUCCAAACACCGAUCCAUAUACCGAAAAAGAUCAGGAGAUCAUACUGCUACCUACUCCGGUUCCUGCUGCUGAUUCCAAUGCUGCUUCUUGUGGUGCUGGUGCUGGCGCCUACUCCGAUAUAAUUCUACAGAUGAACACCAUGUGCCGCAUCGCUCACGAGAAGAUGGUGAAAAAUGCCAAUAACGACAAAGAAAAGGAUAUCUGGGCACAAUUCUUUACCGAGAUGGGACCUAGAUUCAUUCGAUCGGCAUCGACUGGCAAUCGAGAGACGGAGAUACCGUCUUGCGAAUUUUUGGACUUAUUGCACUCGAGGGCGCCGAUGCAUUCGAUGUUGACAUGCUUGACAUCCAAUGGCAUCUCUACGCAAGCGCCCGAAUAUGAAGGUGAGAAUGGAUGGACCUCGACGAUGGUCGAGCGCCUUCUGGUGACGGCGCUAUCCUCUCUACCCAUUCCCAUAAAGGUGCAUACCGGCACCCAGACAGAGAUGCCAGAGGAUCAGCCCCGGCCAACCACACCAAGACGCUCUGGUCCCAAGGCGACGAGGCAGGUGACAGUCGACAAAAAGGGUGUAGAAGUUUUCAAGAGAGUUCUGGUGGGGACAACCCAGAUGCUGUUGUUCAUCAUGCUGAUCGUGACCUGUAGCUAUCCGGAGAUCCGAUGCCUCCCCAAUUGACGUUCCACAAUGACUCAGAUAUCAAAAUUUUGUUUUCCACACUUCGUUUCCGCAAACUCGCUCAAAAAGAGAGUGGAUCCAGAGGGAAAAAUCAAUGCUGAUAUAUAAAUUCUUGUUUGAGUCGAUUAUGCCCCAUAGAAACAUGCCCGAAACUGAAAAAAAAAAACAAAUUCGAAGUCUA